AUGGUCAACCCUCCGCACGGUGGUGUUUUGAAGGAUCUCCUUGCCCGUGAUGCCCACAUCUCGGCUCAGCUCCGUGAGGAGGCUGACACUCUGCCUGAGAUUGUUCUCAGCGAGCGUCAACUGUGUGACUUGGAGCUCAUUAUUACCGGUGGUUUCUCGCCUCUGGAAGGCUUCAUGUCGAAGGCUGACUACGAGGGCUGCUUGACCAACAUGCGCUUGGCUGAUGGUUCGCUCUUCCCGAUGCCCAUUACUCUUGACGUGUCCAAGGAGCAGGUCGACUCGCUCCAACUCAAGCAGGGUGCGCGUGUGACGCUGCGCGACCCGCGUGACGACGCUGCUAUUGCGAUUCUCACUGUGUCGGACCUCUACGAUGUGGACCAUUCGCGUGAGGCUGAGCUUGUGCUCGGUGCCGACGACAAGGCUCACCCGGCUGUGGCGUACCUGCACAACAACGUGAAGGACGUGUACGUCGGUGGUGCCGUCCAGGCUAUCACCAAGCCGCAGUACUACGACUACGUUGAGCUGCGCUUCACGCCUGCUGAGCUGCGUCACCACUUUGAGAAGGUCGCGUGGCGCAAGGUUGUCGCGUUCCAGACUCGUAACCCGAUGCACCGUGCUCACCGUGAGCUUACUGUGCGUGCGGCGCGUCAGCUGCAGGCCAACAUUCUGAUUCACCCUGUCGUUGGUAUGACCAAGCCUGGUGACGUUGACCACUACACGCGUGUGCGUGUGUACCAGAGCCUCAUGCCGCGUUACCCGAAGGGUAUGGCUACGCUCGCCCUCCUCCCGCUGGCCAUGCGUAUGGCUGGUCCGCGUGAGGCCGUGUGGCACGCCAUUAUCCGUAAGAACUUCGGUGUGUCGCACUUUAUUGUCGGUCGUGACCACGCUGGCCCUGGUAAGAACAGCAAGGGCCAAGACUUUUACGGUCCGUACGAUGCGCAGGACCUUGUGCGCAAGUUUGCCGACGAGCUCGGCAUUGAGAUGGUGCCGUUCCAGCAGAUGACCUACCUGCCGGACACUGACGAGUACCAGCCUGUGGAUGAGGUGCAGCCGGGUACCAAGACGCUCGACAUUAGCGGUACCGAGCUUCGUCGUCGUCUACGCACUGGUGCGCCGAUUCCUGACUGGUUCAGCUACGAGAGCGUCGUGAAGACGCUCCGUGAGAGCUACCCACCGAAGGCCCAGCAGGGUUUCACCAUCUUCCUUACUGGUCUGUUCAAUUCGGGUAAGGACCAGAUUGCGCGUGCGCUGCAGGUCAAGUUCCAUGAGCAGGGCGGCCGCAGUGUGUCGCUACUCCUUGGUGACACUGUCCGCAACGAGCUCUCUUCGGAGCUCGGCUUCUCGCCGGAAGACCGCCACACGAACAUCCAGCGCAUUGCCUUUGUGGCCAGUGAGCUGACGCGCGCUGGUGCUGCUGUGAUUGCUUCGCCUAUUGCGCCGUACGAACGUUCCCGUCAGGCUGCGCGUGAGACGAUCACCAAGAACGGUGGCUCGGGCAACUUCUUCUUGGUGCACGUUGCUACUCCGCUGGAGUACUGUGAAAAGACGGACCGCCGUGGCAACUAUGCCAAGGCUCGCCGUGGCGAGAUCAAGGGCUUCACUGGUGUCGACGAUGUGUAUGAGGAGCCGAAGGAUGCCGAUCUCGUUGUCGAUGUGUCGAAGCAGAGCAUUGCCGAAAUUACACACUCGAUUGUGCUGCUGCUCGAGGCGAACAGCUUGAUUUAA